UGAGACUUCACCGACAGACAGCAAUAGCACAAUGGGGUAAAUUCGCAGAAUAGUAGAAGUGCUGGAUGAGAUCCAAUAGAAAAUCCCAGAGGGAAGGAACAUGACGACUGGGACAUCGCCCCAUACAUCGACAUCCUGCCGGACGUAUCGUCGCAGAGAAAGAAGAACCACCGGAACGAUCUCCGAUGAGCUCUCCACUGGGGGACCACAGGACUCUACCUCCACCAGCUAUUUGGCAGCUAAAGCGGAGAUGGAGGAUGCGCUGGCUUCUCUAGGGAGGAGGAAAAAAAAGGCGCCCGCUAAGGGACAGCUGGAGAAGCCAUUGCCAGGAUGCUGGGCGACUUCCUGCAGCAUCAGGCGGAACAACCACGUUCCCAGCCCAACUCCGACUUCCUUUAGGUCCAAUAUGCUAUCGGCAUUCGGAGCUGGACUGCAGAUGGCGAGGCAUCCGUGAGACGAGA